AUGGAGCCGCCGCGCCGCACCAAGCGCCCCGCCGGGGACGGCGGCGACGACGACGCCAAGGCCGCCGCCGAAGCACGACGCUACUACGGCGCCGCGGCCUACGACUUCCUGGACGAUGACGAUCUGGAUGGCGUCUCCUCGCACGGCAGCGGCGGCACCGGGUUCCUGGACGAGAGCGGCAGCUUGGUGGAACGCGCGGCGCGGGGCGGCACCAAGGAGGAGGCCUGGCUGGGCGCCACCGACGUCGACGGCGAGUCCCCCGGCCCCGCCACUGCCACGAAGCGCGCGAGGAAAGCACUGGAGAGGCAGGAGGAGGACGAGCGGAUCCUCGAAGGCGUCGUCGGCUCCCGCGCCGUCUUCGACAUCAAGAAGCGGAUCGCCGGCCUCCUCCAGCCCGGCGAGACGGUCCCGCGCGCGCUCCGGAGGCUCAAGGGAGACAAACGUGGCGGGGGGAAGGGGAUGGACGAGGCGGCGCGAUGCGCGUUCGACGAGCUGAUGGACGCCUCCGCGGAGCUCGUGCGGCGCGGGGACCUCGACGCGUACACGGACGACCGCGAGGCGUUCGAGCGCGGCGCCUGGGACUACGAGCACGCGCGUCGCCAACGCCGCCUGGCGCGUGCCGCUCCACCAGCCGCGGCCGUUCCCGAGGCUCGAGAAGACGACGACGAAGCUGGUCCACAGACCGCCGCCGCGGCCCGUGACUACUACGUUGACAUGUUCGGAGACGAUGCAGUUGAUGUCCGUGCCGGCGCGAAAGCGGCGGUCCAUCCAUCCGGUGGGCAUGCAGCUAUCCCGGAUCAGCCAACAGCGCAGCCUGAUGCUUCGGGUGCGACGACGGAGGAGGAAGAAGCCGGCGGCGUCGCGGGCUGGGACUACGUGUACGAUCCCUCGUCGGUCUACUACUACAGCGGCAGCACGGGGCACUACUACGACGCCGCGUCCGGGUGCUACUGCUCCGCGUCCACGGGCACAUGGUUCUCCUACGACGUCGACGGCGAGGAGGCGAGCAGUCCUCCGGCACGCACGUAG